AUGUCGAUUCUAUGUGGUUGCUGCCCUCUUCUAGAGUGUGUUUACUGCCUCGGUUGUGCUCGUUGGGCUUAUAAACGCUGUCUUUACACGGCUGGUCACGACAGCAAAGACUGGGGGCUUGCGACAACCGACGAGUUCGAACCGGUUCCUCGGUUCUGCCGCUACAUCUUAGCGGUUUACGAGGAUGACAUUCGAAACCCUUUAUGGGAGCCUCCAGAAGGAUACGGGAUAAACCCUGACUGGUUGCUUCUAAAGAAGACUUAUGAAGACACUCAAGGCCGUGCUCCUGCUUACAUACUGUACCUUGAUCAUGAUCAUAAAGACGUGGUCGUUGCGAUCCGGGGGCUGAAUCUUGCUAAAAACAGCGAUUACGCUAUGCUUUUGGAUAACAAGCUCGGAGAGAGGAAGUUCGAUGGCGGGUAUGUGCACAACGGGCUGUUGAAGUCUGCUGGUUGGAUGCUUGAUGAGGAAUGUAAAGUCUUGAAAGAGUUGGUGGUGAAGUAUCCGAGUUAUACUCUGACUUUCGCUGGACAUUCGCUUGGUUCUGGUGUGGCUACGAUGUUGGCUUUGUUAGUGGUUCGUCAUGCUGAUCGGUUGGGGAAUAUCGAUAGAAAGAGGGUCAGGUGUUUCGCUAUCGCGCCUGCGAGGUGUAUGUCGUUGAAUUUGGCUGUUAGAUAUGCGGAUGUGAUCAACUCUGUUGUGCUUCAGGAUGAUUUCUUGCCUAGGACAGCUACGCCUUUAGAAGACAUAUUCAAGUCUCUUUUCUGUUUGCCAUGUUUGCUAUGCAUAAGGUGCGUGAAGGAUACAUGUGUUCCAGAACAGAAGAUGCUCAAAGAUCAUAGGCGGCUUUACGCUCCUGGUCGAAUGUAUCACAUCGUCGAAAGAAAGCCUUGCAGAUUAGGAAGAUAUCCUCCGGUUGUGAAGACAGCAGUGCCAGUAGACGGAAGGUUCGAACACAUUGUUCUUUCUUGUAAUGCAACUUCAGACCACGCCAUCAUUUGGAUCGAGCGAGAAGCUCAGAGAGCUCUCAACAUAAUGUUGGAGAAGGAGAAGACAAUGGAGAUCCCUGAGAAGCAAAGGAUGGAGAGGCAAGAAUCUUUAGCCAGAGAGCACAACUUGGAGUAUAGAGCAGCGUUAAGACGAGCAGUAACGUUGGCUGUUCCUGACGCUGACUCAUUGUCUUCUGAGUACGGAACAUUUGACAAAGCUCAAGAAGAUGAAACAGAAGAGGAAGAAGAAGAAGAAGAAACAGAGGAAGAAGAAGAAGAAGAAACAGAAUCGAUUGCAUCAAUGGUGGGUGAAUCAUCAUCAUCCUCUGUUCGUCCAACGUACAAGAGAAGAAAGAACCGUGGAGUUAGUUGGGACGAGCUUAUCGAACGUCUCUUUGAGAGAGACGAGUCUGGUAACUUGACAUUCGAGAAAUCAGAUUUGCGUCAAUGA